CGUCGGCACGCUUUAAACGUCAUUACGUUUUGUUAGGGCUCGGCGAGGUAAGAUGGCGGCCCCAGAAGAACAGGAAUUAUCUCAGGCUCAAACUGAAAAACUCCUCCAGUUUCAGGACUUGACAGGCUUGGAGUCAAUGGACCAAUGUCGGCGCACAUUAGAACAACACAACUGGAACAUUGAGGCCGCAGUACAAGACAGACUAAAUGAGCAAGAAGGAGUGCCCAGUGUCUUCAGCCCACCACCCGCCAGACCGCUACAGGUCAACACAACAGACCACAGAGUGUAUAGCUAUAUUGUCUCAAGGCCACAGCCCAGAGGUCUAUUAGGUUGGAGUUACUACUUGAUAAUGCUUCCUUUCAGGUUUACGUAUUAUACACUUCUGGACAUAUUCAGGUUUGCCCUGAGAUUCAUUCGACCAGAUCCGAGAGGUCGUGUCACAGAUCCCGUUGGUGAUGUCAUGUCAUUUAUUCAUAGUUUUGAAGAGAAAUAUGGUCGAUCGCAUCCUGUAUUCUACCAGGGAACAUACAGUCAGGCUCUGAAUGAUGCCAAACGUGAACUUCGCUAUUUGUUAGUUUAUCUUCAUGGGGAUGAUCACCAGGACACUGAUGAAUUCUGCCGUGCUACAUUAUGUUCAGAAGAGGUAUUGACCUUCGUUAACACAAGGAUGCUGUUCUGGGCGUGUUCCACCAGCAAGCCGGAGGGUUUCCGAGUCUCCCAGGCCCUUCGUGAGAACACAUACCCCUUCCUGGCUAUGAUCAUGUUGAAGGACCGGAAGAUGACAGUGGUAGGGCGACUGGAGGGGCUGAUCCAGCCCGAGGAUCUUAUCAACCAGCUGACCUUCAUCAUGGAGGCAAACCAGACAUAUCUCAUGUCAGAACGACUAGAGAGAGAGGAGAGGAACCAAACACAGGUACUGAGGCAGCAGCAGGAUGAAGCUUAUCAAGCAUCCCUCCUUGCAGACCAGGCGAAAGAAAAAAAGAAACGAGAAGAACAAGAGCAGAAACGGCAGGAGGAGGAGAAGGCUCGCCAGAACAUCCUCGCUGAGGAGAGGAGACGAAGAACACUUGAAGAAGAGAAGGAGCGCAAGUCUGAGUGUCUUCCCCCUGAGCCGCCAUUGGAUGACCAGGACAGUGUUAAAAUAGUGUUCAGGUUGCCCAACAACACUCGCGUGGAGCGGAGAUUCCUCUUCGAUCAGUCUUUGACGGUAAUAUACGACUUUGUGUUUUCAUUGAAAGAGACCCCUGAGAAAUUCCAAAUAGUAACGAAUUUCCCACGCCGGGUCUUGCCUUGCUUGCCGACGGAGGAGCAGCCCAAUCCCCCCACGCUGAUGGACGCCGGUCUGAGUCGCUCAGAAGUCCUCUUUGUGCAGGACCUCACAGACGAUUGACAUUUAGCAAACCCGCAGCUCACAACUCAAGUUCCACCUUCCCUCCAGUUCUUCUCUUCUGUUCAAUUCCCUUGACGAGGGAUCAUUGAAAUAAACCUUUUACUGAAUUUAAAAAGAAAUAACUCAUCCUUCCCUGCAGCCAAGUUACAUUCUGUUCAAUGAGUUCAAGGCGAACGGCCAUGUAAAUAUAUGACCUAGAUAUUUAAAGUAAAGCCUGGAGUUCUUUUUUUAACGCAAAUCAAAGUCUGACCAUAUAAUGUAUCUCAUCUAACGACCAAAUAAAGGGGUUAUCGACUAAAGGUUCCCAUGGGCUGGUCAAAGUUUAAGAAAGAAAACUAAGGCCACAUCUUUUCCUUGUGGCUUUGUCUUUAGAGUAUAGUGCAAGUCUGCCCAUAGUGUGCCUGUGGUAUUUCAUAGAUGCCCAUGUCGUACAUCUGAUGGGUCUGGUCAUGUAAAGAUGUAAUUUACCAAUUCUAAAUUAAACAUUUUAAAACGUU